AUGAGUCAAACACAUAACCAGCUGGGUAGUCAAACAUCGCAGCUGAGUAAAAUACGAGAGCAACUUGAACUGGACCGCAAACGGGAGCGAGACGGCGAUGUGGCAACAACAACAACAGCAGCAUCAGGCAGUCAGGCGGAGAUGGUGGGCAAUAUGCCAGUCAUCCUUCUUGCUGCACAACAGCCGCAGGAAUUGAGGGAGUCGCCACGCGAUGCGUUACCCUCAUCGUCACACCAAACGACAGGCACAACAACCGAUCAACGAAUAUGGAGACAAGGUGUUGGAUUCGAUUCCAAACGAAAUACGACUAGGGAUUCAAGCGCCAGCACAUACAAUUACGACCAUGAGGAGCCGCUCACCACCAAGACGACAAAGAUAUACAAAAAAAGACCUUCAAUAAAGAAUCAGGCUGCCGAUGAUUCCGAUGAUUCGCUAGCAAUACGGGAUGCCUCAGCUGUUAGUAGACGCUCUCAGGACGCCUCAGGCAGCAAUGUGGAUACGGAAUUCCCGCUGUCGGACGAUACGGAUGUGGUUAAGUUCAGCGAUGCCACCAGCUCAAAGCUAACGAGCAUCGAAUCCAUUUUGAUUAGAGACAACAAUUUGGACGAUCUGAAUCCCAGUGAUUUCCAGCAGGGCAAUCUGGCCUCAGGCCUGGGCUUCAUCUACAUGGCCAUACCGCCAGAUGGUGGCUACGGUUGGGUGGUGCUCGUGCUCAGCUUUCUCGCCCAGCUCAUCGUCGAUGGCAUUGUGUUCACCGUGGGCAUAUUGCUGCCAAAAAUUAGUGAGGAGUUCCAUGUGAACAGUGGCCAGGUGGUGCUCGUGGGCAGCAUACAAGUUGGCUGCUAUUUCUUGGGCGGUGCCUUUUCCAGUGCCCUGAUCAACAGCUACGGCUUUCGUCCGGUAGCUUUGCUCGGCGUGAUUAUCUCGGCGCUGAGCAUUCUGGCGGCCAGUUUCAGUCCCAAUUUGGCAGCGGUGAUAUUUUUCUAUAGUGUUAUUGGUGGACCCGGUUUGAGCAUGAUCUGGGUGAGUUCACAGAUCAUUAUUGGGUAUUACUUUGAGCGAUAUCGUCCCAUUGCCAGUGGAUUUUCCUGCUCCGGCGCUGGUGCUGGCAUCUGCAUCUUCUCCAUUACGAACAACAUUCUCGUGCAGCACAUUGGCUGGCGGAAUACGAUACGGUUUCAGGUGAUGCUCAUUUGCCUGCUCUUCUUUGUGGCUCUGGCUUAUUCGGAGGUUGCUCCGACUCCAGUGGCAGUCAUGCACUCAGAUCCCUUGUCCACAUCCAGUUCGAAUGAGUAUUAUGGUAAUUUCUAUGUGCAUUACUUUCUCGGCGAUGAAGUCGGCUCCAGGAAAUCUCGCCAUGUGCUCAACUCUUAUGAGCCGCCCAGAAAAAAGAAGAGCAAAUUGCGACGAUGUGCAAAAUUUUGUUGUCCCUGCUGCAUGAAGCCGGAUGCCAAACAUGAACCCUCCGAGCGUUCCGAGCUCAACUAUGUGGUGCGACCGGAUCCCAUACAGCGCGAUGAUCUCUUCUAUACGGGACCCGCCGACUACGAGAAACCCCACAGCAGGGAACAGUUCGAUGGCAAGCAACUGGAGUUGGUGGGCAGUGAAUCGCAUCUGCAAAGAGCUGCUUAUGGUUUACACAACAUCAAGGAUUACGACAACACCAAUGCUAGUAAGCCUGCUUCCGUUCAAAGUCCACUCAGCCCGGUGCGUAGCCCGCCCACGAGCCCACCGUUGAAACGGUCGAAGAAGUCACGGAAAGGCAAGAAAAACUGGCUGCGGACGAAGAUUGUGAGAGCGCUGAAUCGCCUCUUCGAUGCGAAUCUGCUGAAGAACUUUGAGUUUCGCAUUCUGUUGGCCUCCGCCUUUCUCUAUCCGAUGGGAUUCAAUAUACCCUUCGUGUACAGCAAGAUGCGCACCACAAUACCAAUGCAGUAUGCCCAGAUGAUAUCCCCCGCCAUCGGUGCAUCCAACUUCCUCAUACGUAACCUGUGUGGCUUUGUCGCCUACAAGCUGAGAGGCUGGACCAACUACAUCUGCGGCGGUGGCAUGAUGCUCGGCGGCGUUAUGGUCUUCAUUAGCGCCUUCUAUGGCAACGAUUUAGUGUCGUUUCAGUUUGUUUACGCCGUCUGCUUUGGCGUCGCACCAGCUGUCUUUGCCACACUGCGUGCACUGAUUUAUGUGCGCUAUUUGGGCCUCUCGAAGCUGACGAAUGCUUUUGGCAUAACCGCCUUGGCCAUGGGCUUGGGCGUCUUUAUUGGCACCACACUGGGUGGUAUUCUGGUUGAUCGAACUGGUGGCUAUGUGGUGCCCUUUGCCUUUGCCGGCAUCUGUAUAAUGUUCUCCGGGGCGCUCAAGUUGAUUUUGCCGGUGCUGUUGAAAUGUCGCAAAACUAACAAGUAUAAUUGAAAACCGUGUACAGUUUACGAUGCAUUGAUUUUAUUGGUUGUUU